UACAAUUGUGUCAUCCUGCAAAUGGAAGCUGGUUCCAUCUUCACCAAGCUGUUGUUGAUCUUUACCUGCACAGUUGGGGACAUCAAUUAUCCUAUCACACUCACUCUCCUGUAUGAUCAAGUGGUUGGUGCUCAUCCAUGGAAGGACAAAGAUUUCAAUUUUUGGCAGGUCAAGGCAAAGCCCAGGGCCUCUGCUGAAUGCUUCUUGGUUCAAUCAAUAGUUCAUGGUUGUGUACCUCUCACAUCAAAACUACUCGCAACUCUGCUCUUUCAGUCGCCUUAG